AUGCUUUUCAAUUGGCAAGUGAAAGAUGUCUGUAUAGUAUUUGAAUUUUGGCAUAUCCAUAAUAUCUUGGAACUUGUAAUGUCUUGUCUGGCAAUAUUCUUGAUUGCUGCAGGGUAUGAAUAUAUACGUGUUUGUUUUGCAUCGUGUGAACAGUGGUCUCAAGCGGAAAAAAAGAAAGUAGCAGGCCAGAAUGCUCUUGUCGGCAACGGAGGCAAUGAGGAGGAUUGUGAGACGGCAAAUCAAGGCGGUAGCUUUCUCAGGAAAAAUAUGAUUCUAGCCAGGUAUUCUUAUAGGGAGCAGGCAUUACGAUCCAUUAUCUAUGCAUUUCUUGUUGCAGUGAGUUUUUGGCUCAUGUUAGUCUUUAUGACUUACAAUGGCUAUUUGAUGAUUGCAGUAGUACUAGGAGCUGGAAUCGGGCACUUCUUGUUUGGGAAUGGAAAAUCAAAAGCAACACAUGAUCUACAGUGCCAUUAG